AUGCUAUCCCACUUUGCAAAGCCGUUUGUCACACGGGCUAGACUGAACACACCUGUAUCUGGUAUCAGAUCUAUAUCAUCGUUAUCGCUGAUAAAAAACCAGAAUCUUAUCCAUACUGGUGCAUUUAUCAACGGUGAAUUUGUACAUAAUGAUGGCAAAUUCGAUGUCACUAAUCCGUUCGAUCUUUCGCUUCUAGCUGAAGUCACAGACACUACUUUAAACCAAGUGCAAGAUGCCAUCGAUAUUUCCCAAAAAACGUUCAGAACCUUCAGUCGAGAUACCACUCCAAGAACCAGAUCUACCAUUCUCUCUAAAUUCUAUAAUUUAAUGAUGGAGAACAUGGAGGAUUUGGCCAAAUUGAUCACUUUGGAAAACGGUAAACCUCUUGCUGAUGCUCGUGGAGAAAUCAAAUAUGCUGCAUCUUUUUUACAAUGGUUCAGUGAAGAAGCUCCCAGAAUCAAUGGUGAUUUGAUUCCUUCUGCCAAUGCUGCCAACAGAAUUCUCGCCUUAAGAUUGCCGAUCGGUCCAGUUGGUAUUUUGACACCUUGGAAUUUUCCUUCUGCUAUGAUAACUAGAAAACUUGGUGCUGCGUUCGCUGCUGGAUGUACCACAGUCAUUAAGCCUGCUUCGGAGACUCCUCUUAGUAGUCUUGCUUUGUGUCAAUUAGCUCGUGAAGCAGGUGUCCCAGCAGGAGUACUUAAUGUUGUUCCAGUUAGUAACAAAUCGACUCCAAUUGUGGGGAAAAUGUUCUGUGAAUCGCCUAUGUUGAAGAAAGUGUCCUUCACUGGUUCCACUAGAGUGGGUAAAAUUUUAAUGAAAGAAUCCGCUUCCACAGUCAAAAAGUUGUCAUUUGAGUUGGGAGGAAAUGCCCCUUUCAUCGUGUUUUCCGAUGUAAAGGACAUCGACAAGGCCGUCGAUGGUCUCAUCAACUCUAAAUUCAGAUCCUCCGGUCAAACUUGCAUCUGCACAAAUAGGAUAUUUGUCCAGGACGAAAUCUAUGAUGAAUUUUACCAUAAAUUGGUUGCUAAAUUGAUAAAAAGUAUCAAGCUUGGUAAUGGUAUGGACAAGUCUGUCACUCACGGACCCCUUAUUCAUGCCAAGGCCUUGGAGAAAGUCCAAUUCCAAAUCCAGGAUGCCGUCUCUAAUGGAGCUAAGAUCGCAUAUGGUGGACACGCACUGCCCGAACUUGGACCCUUCUUCCAUGAGCUUACGGUACUAAUAGAUGUUACCGCUGACAUGGAUAUUUUCCAUAACGAGACGUUUGGUCCUAUCGCACCUCUGAUAAGAUUCAGAACUACCGAAGAAGUUAUCCAUUUGGCUAACAGUACGAAUGUUGGAUUGGCUGGUUAUCUUUACUCUUCGGAUAUCUCCAAGAUUUUCGAUGUCGGUGAACGUUUAGAAGUCGGUAUGGUGGGAGCCAAUACGGGAUUGAUCUCCGAGGCUGCGCUACCAUUUGGAGGUGUCAAAGAGAGUGGUUUUGGAAGAGAAGGUUUCAAAUACGGUAUUAACGAGUACACAGUUGUUAAAAGUAUUGUCCUCAAUGUGAAAAAUUGA